AUGGAUCUACCGGAGGACGGAGGGAUCCCUCUGGACAGGAAUCUACCAAUGGACAGUUGUAUCCUCCUAGACAGGGCUCUACCAGAGGAUGGAGGGAUCCUCCUAGACAGGGCUCAACCAGAGGACGGAGGGAUCCUCCUAGACAGGGCUCUAUCAGAGGACGGAGGGAUCAACCUAGACAGGGCUCAACCAGAGGACGGAGGGAUCCUCCUAGACAGGGCUCUAUCAGAGGACGGAGGGAUCCUCCUAGACAGGGAUCUACCAGAGGAUGGAGGGAUCUUCCUAGGCAAGGCUCUACCAGAGGAUGGAUGGAGCAGCCCAGAGGAGAUGCAGCUGGAGGAGCCAGAGAUUGGACCAGACAGGAAGUCUUCUACGGAGAUGAUGCAGCUGGAGGAACCAGAGAUUGGACCAGACAGGAAGUCUUCUACAAAGAUGAUGCAGCUGGAGGAACCAGAGAUGGGACCAGACAGGAAGUCUUCUACAGAGAUGAUGCAGCUGGAGGAACCAGAGAUGGGACCAGACAGGAAGUCUUCUAUAGAGAUGAUGCAGCUGGAGGAACCAGAGAUGGGACCAGACAGGAAGUCUUCUAUAGAGAUGAUGCAGCUGGAGGAACCAGAGAUGGGACCAGACAGGAAGUCUUCUACGGAGAUGAUGCAGCUGGAGGAACCAGAGAUUGGACCAGACAGGAAGUCUUCUACAAAGAUGAUGCAGCUUGAGGAACCAAAGAUGGGACCAGACAGGAAGUCUUCUAUAGAGAUGAUGCAGCUGGAGGAACCAGAGAUGGGACCAGACAGGAAGUCUUCUAUAGAGAUGAUGCAGCUGGAGGAACCAGAGAUGGGACCAGACAGGAAGUCUUCUACAGAGAUGAUGCAGCUGGAGGAACCAGAGAUGGGACCAGACAGGAAGUCUUCUAUAGAGAUGAUGCAGCUGGAGGAACCAGAGAUGGGACCAGACAGGAAGUCUUCUAUAGAGAUGAUGCAGCUGGAGGAACCAGAGAUGGGACCAGACAGGAAGUCUUCUAUAGAGAUGAUGCGGCUGGAGGAACCAGAGAUGGGACCAGACAGGAAGUCUUCUACAGAGAUGAUGCGGCUGGAGGAACCAGAGAUGGGACCAGACAGGAAGUCUUCUACAGAGAUGAUGCAGCUGGAGGAACCAGAGAUGGGACCAGACAGGAAGUCUUCUACAGAGAUGAUGCAGCUGGAGGAACCAGAGAUUGGACCAGACAGGAAGUCUUCUACAAAGAUGAUGCAGCUGGAGGAACCAGAGAUGGGACCAGACAGGAAGUCUUCUAUAGAGAUGAUGCAGCUGGAGGAACCAGAGAUGGGACCAGACAGGAAGUCUUCUACGGAGAUGAUGCAGCUGGAGGAACCAGAGAUGGGAACAGACAGGAAGUCUUCUGUAGAGAUGAUGCAGCUGGAGGAACCAGAGAUGGGACCAGACAGAAAGUAUUCUAUGGAGAUGCAGAUCAGCCCAGACAGGAAACCCUCUGAGGACUUUAGCGCUGACAUCAAGGCCGAGCUGGAAGACAGUCCAGAGUACCAGCUGUUCAGACAGACCUCGUUUAUAGGGGAUGACAACCACCCACAUGCUGAAGCAGCCGAGGAGGAGCUCCCAACAGACCACACAAACGACACCCCAAACUUCAUUUUCAGCCCCUGUAUGCACGAAGACAGGCGGGAUGAGUUAUUCACUAAGGCUGAGAACCUGGUGGGGAAUGAAAGCCCUGUGAGUCUGAAGCAUGAAGUCGCAGCGGACUCUCCCGGGACAAGCCUAGGAACCAGGACUCCCCAUUCAAGCACGGGGAGAGAGGUAGACAUGUCUACAGAAGAUACAGAGACAGAAAAAGAAGACUGGUGGAAAGUGCAAGGCAUGGAUGAUGGUGGCUCUCGGGGUGCCGAAUCGAUAAUCUUGAACCCAGUUCAGGAGCCGAUGUUACAAGAAGUCAUGAUCGAAAGGAAGACAUCGCCCAGACCAGCUGUAGGAGUUAAAGAUACGUCGGGCAUGGAGGCACUCCUCAGUGGAGAUUUAGAACAGUACCUAGACGACAGACGUGUAGAUCUCAGUGGUGUACCGGAGGACGACAUCGUACAAGAGAGAUUUGAACAGGUUGUGAUUACACGGGAGAGAAAACAGGAAACGCACACAUUCUCCACUGAGCAGGUAGACCGGUCCGCAGCGGAUAAAGUGACAGAGCGAGAUGUUGUUAAUGUAGUGCAAGUAGGAGCCGCGGAGGACGGUGUCAUCUACGGUGAUAAAGACUUCGUGCAGAGUUGUUCAGCUAGGGGGAGCAUCGGAUUCAGCUACUACAGUGAUACGUUCAAGAGACUCAAAGAAGGUGACCUUUGA